AUGGCGGAUGAAUUGCUCGGACGUGCCUCUUCGCUGGGGCCACGCGCACCCGACAUGGACGUUUUGGGCCCUGCCGUGGCUUGGCCGGUGGCUCCUGCGCCACCUGCGCGACGAGACGCUCCCCGCGCAUCCGGGCCGGCCGAACACCGCACUGCGUGUGGGGAACCUCCCAGAGGACCUAACGUCGGCACCUGGAACGACCUGGGGUACAAGCAGUGGUGCAAGUAUGACAAUGUCGACCCCAGGGACUUUUACCGCCUCCUGAGGGCGAACGCCUCGCGAAGCUGCGGGGCGUCGAAGUCCCAGAUCGUCAGCGAUCCGCGCUACCAUCCGAAGGGAGCGGCUCUGGCGUUCUAUACCGCCCACCACUUUGUGGACCCGGAUAGGUCCUCGAAGAUCAUAGCCGAGCUCCUGCAGAGGCACCAGGAGGGCACCCUGCCGAAGCCGAUCUUGUACAACGGUUUAUUCUUCUCGGACGGCAAGGCCAUGCGCGAAGCCCGCCCUGGCGUGAGGUGCAUCAUCUGA